GAAAGCUCCAAAAAGACAGGGAAGGCGUCCAGUUCAGCUCUCAAUUCAUACAGGUUGUGUAUGCUGUUCUUGUCAUUUCGCCUAGCGGAUUUAAUAGUGGAUAUCAUUCACAUAGCGCUCUUUAAAUCUAAGUCAUUGUCACUGAUCGUCUGACUGUGAAUGAUCUUGACUACAGCUUAACAGUUAAAGAGAAACAGACUAAAAAAACUUAGUCUUUUCGUUGCUUCGUGUCGAGACAUGGUGAAGAUAUAUACUCCGGAUAAACUGAGUUAGUUACCUGUGUUACAAUACGUUGACGUAGAUGGAAUUAGAUGGGGAAAUGGACACGAAUUUUAAACAUUGUAUUCGCGGCAUGAGCCGGUCAGCCGGCGUUAAUUUAUACUCAGUUGCAUGCUGAAUUUUAAACCUCAUUUAAAUCUGCAUGCUAUUGUAUUUCGACUGUUAAAAGAAAGCCUUACAUUUUCGUUUGGUCACUUGCUAGAUAACGGGAUCAUCCUUCUAGCUCAAUUGUGUUUGAUUUUAAAUUCUAGCAUCAAAUAAUGUGAUAAUUUCGAUUUCGAGUUUCUUUCUUCCAUUGACUCUCUUGAUCUUCUGUCACGUUUCACAUCUUUCCCCCUGCCCAUGCGGCACUCAGCAAUAUCCCCGAGACAGUUUUAAAUUUUGUUAGCAGUUGCUUUAGCAGUUCUGUAAAAAGUAGAUGAAUAACUGUUGUCACGCUUAGUUUAACAGUCCCAACGAAACCAAAAUCACCAGCGGGUUCUUUCCCGUGUAGAGACCGAUAUCAGCAUCCGUUAGAGCCCGCACUGAAUAACCGAUCUCUGUCAUAUUAGCUUUCGCAUUUCUAGUAGAUAAUCGGCUAAUUGCUGAUGUAAUGUUGUCUAAAAUCUGUAAGAAAACCAAGAAACGGUAUAUACUUCGUUAUUCACAUUAGCGAACUCGCGUUUUUGCUGCCUGGUCGCAAUGAUUUGAUGAUCAGAUGCACGUGCAACUGAAUGAAGGCACAUCGCAAAAAUUUCCUCCCUUCAUUAGUAUUAAAGCCAAGUUAUAAGCAAGCAAGUAACAUACUGAUAAGUUAAGAAAGCAAAACUAAAUCCUUGUUGGUUUCACUAGCUAGCUCAAUUAACCACGAAAAUCUCUAGUGCCCUCACUUCGUCAUGAGAACAGCCGGAGAAAAACACGGCGCACACUGAGUGUAUGCAGUUCAAACGGUUGAAGCUUCAAUCGACCCUCACGAUCGGCUCUUCAACCAUCAUCGCGCAUGCAGCGAAUUUUGUGGCGCUCAGCCUUCAUCCGGUUCACUUACGUCAGUAAGUAAAACGAUAGACGCUGAACAUUGCAAUUCUGCUGAUAAAGAACGGAACAAAAAGCUUUAAUGACUUUAAUCUUCCUUCUUAACUGAGUCGCUUGGUCGGCGCAGGAUGACUUUCAAGUUUUUGACGUUUCUAUUUCUUGCUCGUCGCUUCACAACUCGUUUUCGUCGCCUCGCGGCUCAUAUUUAACUGAGAAAUAUAAAAGAGGCAACUUCUAGAACAGCCAGGGUAGUUUCUUGCUAUUCAGCUAUAAGAUUGUAGCCUCGGAACUCGGUCGGUAAAGCUUUAACUUCGUACUGAACUGUGACUCUAUCAGUCCACUGUCGAGAUUUUAGCCUAAGAACGACUAGUUUUAAUCGAUAUUCUCCGUAACUCUGACGGUAGGCUCUAAUUAGCUAAGAAAGACUGACUUCGUAUUAGCCACGUCGUAGCCCUGUCGGCAGAACAACAAGUUUAAACGUGUGGCUUCGUAGCUCCGUCGGGCGGUAGACAACGAUUGUCUUUGGUCCGGCUAUUUAAUCUUCGUACUGACUUGGCAGUAUCUUCAUAGUUAUCCUCGCCUUUUUUCCUCUUGCCCUUCUUCGUGGUGCUCCCCAAAUAACAGAAUUCCCGGAACACGCUACUGUUUGUUCGGACUGUUAGCUCGGCUACUUUUAAUCUAUCAACGUAACUCGAUGGACGAACGAGCGUCUUAUGAUCUAUACGUCGAUAUCAGUACCGCGCAGCUAAAUUCAGUGGGGGUUACAUAACUUAUGAUUGUUCGAAGCCGACUGGCUCUGAUGCCAAUCGGUAGAGAACGACUUGAUUUUAAACCAUGUUCGUAGAUGCUCGUAACUCAAACGCUAAGAGAACAACUGGUUGUGAACUUACUUCGUAGAUUGAGCUUGUUGGUGGAGAGUGGUCGGUAAGGUGUCGUAGCUGAGUCAACCGGUAUGGAACCGCUGUCGACAUACAAAGUUUUAGCGGGUUUUUCACGAUUCCCCUAAAGAGAUUUGUCCGAGUUCUUGUAAUUAAGGAAAUAUUCUCGCAAAAGAAAAAAUACUCAAAAAUUCACUUUACUCUGGGGGAAGGAAUUAAGCGACAGUAACAAGUGGGACUGGAUACAGAGCCCUACUUUGACCUACUUUGAGACGAGCAGCCGGAUUCGGCCAUCAGUGUUUAAGUAUCCAACAAGCAAGAAAAGUGUUAUUUCUACUAUAUUCACCAGAGGAAUCAGCUACAGCAAAGCAACAAGCUUUUGAAAUAACGUAACAGAUGAACUUGUUUUUCUAAUUUCAAGUUACGUUGUUUUACAUUUAUUUUGAUUGCACUGUACAUUGGAGUUUCCGUCCUGCGGAAAAUCGCAAAAUGUCAGUUCGUUUCGCUCAGUCUUCCCAAAUAGGAAAAGCCAGUUAGAUCUUGCACAACACAACUGAACAACUAGCCAACUCUAAAAAUUAAACGGCUUCCUGAAUUUUCUUUUUACCACAAGGUAUCUAUGUGAUAGCAUACCUUCUUUUCAGCAUUUUAUUUCGGGCAAUAUUCCCAAAUUACCCAUACAGCUCACAAGCUACUGAACAUGUAAUUUCUCAAUUUAGCGCAGGGCUACAUCAGAUUUUUAAUUUAUACAAACUGAAACAUGACUCAGUGAUGAAUGAAACAAGCACUAAAUAUAACUUGUUUAUAGGCCAUAAACACAAGAUCGACGGAGGAACUCAUACUCUCUAACUUGAAAGGAACUUGGAUGGUUAAUAACUGACCUUUCCAAUUAUCUUUGCUCCAUAACGUAUACUAAUGAUAACCCGAUAGGGGAAUACGUAUAUGUUACUUAUAACACUGCAGUUAUAACACAACCCCGAGGGAGAUCGAUAACGUGGUUAUUUUAAGUUCGAGACAACAGCUAUAAAUAACUUCUCUUCAAAGAAAAGUUGUUUCGCAUGGAGUGACAAAGGGUGCUAUCCCCUUCAAUUAAGUACCGGCUAUAUACACUUUAAGUGUUAAAACAGCCUUAAAAGUAAAUUAACAAACUUCCUUUAGUCCAUCAUAACGCGAUAUUGGUCUAGAACGAGCUAUAUUUAGCUACACUUGAUGUGGACUCAAGGAACUAACAAACUGACAGAGUUGAGUCAGCAUUGGUGGCUAUUUUUGUCAAUAUCAGACAGUAUAAAUUUCGUCGGUUUACGCGGCACAUGAACAAAUGCACACAAGCUCUCAAAACAGUUCAAAAGUGGAAGUUUUGUUGACUGUAUAUAAAGGAACCGAUUUGCUGGCGAGAAUUUUCGGUAAUCAACUGUAAUCAAGUGCUGGCGCACAAGGAUUGGAAAAAACGCGCAGCUUCUGCGGUGAGAAAUGACGUGUUGUUUUUUUAUUGCUAAUGUCAGUAUCACAUGAUCUUGUCGGAAAGUCUCAAUGGUCGCUGAAAUAAUUAUAUCAGCACAAUUUGCCGUACUGAUCAUCUGUGUGAACAGAGAAACGGGAAUAACUGAUCUACUAGGAGAAGUUAAGGUAAGUUUGUCUGCGAAAUUUCGGGAAAAUCGGUGAAAACCUUUCCGUUUCGAUUUCACGAGAAACUAGAGACUGAAAGCGGGGUAUCAUGUAUGCAAAUUGUUUUGAUUUUGUUUUGAAAACCAGAAUAAACUUGCCGCGCAGGUCUUAACUUAUGCCCCGCACAUGUGGCAUAUAGAGAACUUUUCACAAAGGUUUCUUGCAUGCUGGCCUCUGCUUUGACAGAAGUGAGUAUUGCUCGUCGUCCCUGGGUGAUGUGGCUUGCUUGUUUGACGCGAUCAGGAAGACAACUGACAAAGACGUUCGGCGAACGUCAACCAGCACCAAGACGACUGAAGAAACGCGGGCCAAAAAUACAAGACGACAGCCAACAAGAACGGAACCAUAACGGUUGGCAUGACAUUAAAUCGCACAAUGAUGGCAUCGUGACCGCGAAUUCUACUGACUACAAAACCUCUGUCGACCAGAAUAACCCCCCUUCAAAGUCGCCGAUCAGCACUCUGGAUGAGAUUAUGGAAGUGCAAGAAAGACAUACAGUAGGAAAUGCCACGGAUAACGCGCCCCCGUUGUUUGAGAGUGAAAAAGACGUUUCAGAACACAAACGUAACCGGCGUACGCGCACGCGGCACACUUCGAUGUUAGAACGCUUGGCGCCCACGCCGGGCUACGUUGAUAAAACGUCCAUGGACUUAGAAGGCGGUUCUCUAGCGCAAAGAAGAACGCCGCGUAUGGCGAGCUUAAACGCGGCUGCCAAAGUGAACGUGUUUUUUGAACCUUCCAGUCCUUUAGCGGGACGGAGCUUGUUUGAAAUUCAACAACACUCCGCAAAGAAACCUCCUGGUAGACAUUCAACCGAGAGGCGGCUUUCUGAUAAAUCGAAUUCUAACUUGGCGGCGUAUGGCGCCGAGAACAGUUACGAUAGAGAGGACUUUACUGAGUCAGAUGUAUUUAUACAGAGUGAAGUGACAUCCACAUGGGAUCCCCCAAGAUCCACCGGCGUGAUCGUCAGCCCAAGGGCAGUGGGAAGCACUCCUCUUACGGAGAACGCAGCUAACAGUUUUGAAUUUGUAACAAACGGGCACAGAGCAGCGAAAGAUCACAAGCGAAAACCUGAAGCAGAUUCUACCUCGGAAGGUGAAAGAAAAGCAAAGAAAAUGCUUCUCGAUACCAGUAGCGAAACGGAUGGUGUUGUAGAAAGAGGAGAGUUUGAAGAUAACCAGGAAGUUCUAGAAAUAGAAUGUGACACCACUACAGACUCACCACCCAAGACAAUGGUGGACCAGUGCAUCCAGGUGGACCUGCCGCGACCGCCGUACAAGCACGUACGCGUCCUGUCUGUACCAAUCAAAGGACAGCUUGUCACAUCAUCUGGCUCAGUUCCCUUUACCAAGAGCCACUUGGUCACGCCUGUCACGCCGUCCAAACCGCCUCCUGAACUCAAAAUAAGUAAGACGGCUACGACCAAGCGUGCUGCUGGGUUGAACAAUCAGGCAAUGGAGAACGCUUUUACUGCUAGUGACGGGCCUCUGGCUAAAUUUAGGGCUGUAGGUGGUUUAAUUGAUGAGCGCAGCAAGGCUAGGAAGGCUAAAGAGCUCAUUAAUAAAAUACCCGAUUCAUCCUCUUCCGUACAGCUUAAGAUCCCUAAGAUUAACUUUGCUGCCACUUCUACGUCCACUAUGAGCGCGGGACGGAGCCGUCCCGCGGGAAACCCGUUAAAAAACAUUCAGUUAAAGAACCUGAAUAUUCAUCUUGAGAAGCUAGCUGCCGAACGAGCCCGAGCGGAGCCCAGGCAACCCAAGAGAACGAAUGGUUGGAUGUUUAUCGGUGAACCUUUAGACAAACCGUACUGCUAUGACGAGACAAUAGUGAUACGGCGGUAUUACAGCGGUGUUCAGCGUGGAGACGAGAUCAUAAAUGUACGUGACUCGGUUCUUCUUAAGUCAGGAACACGGAAGAAAGAUCCACCUUUUGUGGCACGUGUUUCUGGGCUCUGGGAGGAGGAUGAAGGCCCGAACGCUGGCGAGAUGAUGAUGAGUGUGUUUUGGUAUUAUCGACCAGAGCAGACUGAAGUAGGGAGAGUUCCAAACUUCCAUGGCGAGAUGGAGGUGAUGGCCUCAAGACAUAAAGACGACAACAGCGUGGCGUGUAUUGUAGACAAGUGCUACGUUCUUAGUUAUCCAGAAUACUGCAGGUUCCGGGCACUCAACAGACUGUUCCGAGAAUUCAGGGAAGCUCCUCUAUCCCCGGUUCCUCCCGGAGAGAGUACAAAGCCCGGUUCAGUUCCCCAUCCUCGCACGGACCCUAACCUGGUGUUCUUCUGUCGGCAAGUGUACGAUUACCGUAUGGGUAGGAUCAUCAAAAACCCCGUGUGACAUAUGUCCUGGAGGACGUCACUUAAGAAGCAGGAGAAAUAGUGAACUACUUAGGAAGCGUCCACACUAAUCCGUCAUGAAAACCGAGCUCUUCAAACCGGAGGAAUAUGAAAACGCCGGCUUUUCGUUUUCGUGUUGAAAUCCAAAAUGGCCUGUGAUUGGUGCGUUUUCCUUCGGCGUAGUGUGGACGGGGCCUUAAUCGUAGCGUGUGUUCUCAAAUCACCGAAGUAAAUGAAAUGUGUUUGAUUGACAAAGCAAGUCCCUUUUGCAGCUGAAGGGAAUACAUAAGCGCGAAUUCUCAGGAUGACACAGGCUAAUCUAAGGUGCGAGCUAAUUUAAGUCACGGUUUGUUUCUUUAUAAUCAACAUGAGCCUUGCCCAUGAUGAACGGUUCCAUAUUAGUGAUGUUAGAAUAUAAUUCGUUGGGCGGCGGCCUAGUAUGUUCAGUAGUACUAAAUUUAUUUAUCUUCCAAAAAAACUGUUAAAACCAAAUCUUCAGUGAGGAAUAUUUAUAGAGAUAGCAUUAGAAUGUUGCACUGAUUUUAUUAAAUUACAAAUAUAAACGAGUUUAAAGUAUAUAUCUAUAUUUUCGUUUGUUACUUUUCCAACAACGUGCACUGGUUACAACGUUAAAAACUCUCACAACUCUCUAAUGAUGCAUGGUAGUCGGUGUACGUGCUGCAGAAUACUUGUGGUAACUCUACCUUGAGGAAUACAAUGGCAAUCAUUUAAGUUCUGUUGUUAGGUUAGCACGAUUGUAGAUUACCAUAUUGUUAUUUGUAGUUCGGUAAAUCGUUAUUCAAACAAUUACUUGGCGACUUAAUAAGUUGUUAACCACCUUAACUUUCUCAGGUUCUCUUAGGGAAAUUAGGGGCGAUGUUGGAGAAGUUUGACUUAUCCCCGUUUGUGCUAAAUUUGGACGACUUCGGGUUAUCUUCAUCUACCUCUUAAUUUCUUCACAUUUUUAUUCAGAGAGAGAAGAGUAUUAGUAAUUAAAUGUAAGCGACAGUUUAAUUCUAGUGAACGUUCCACAUGUCGCUGUGGGUGCAGUGUAUGCCUUUCUCUUCUGGCAAUCAAAAGUACUCUGCCGAGUAGAAUUUAAUUUAGAAAUAAAGAAAUGUUUUUCAUUGA